CUUAGCGGUGGUUAAAUAGAGACGAGAGGUUGUCCGCUUUGCGCUUCCGAGGCUGGAGGGUCGCAGGCUUCUCUACCUUACACAGGUGGGGCGUAGGCUGCUCACUUGGAGAGAAUCGAACGUGGUCGGGCUGGGCAUCACCGGGAGCACCUGGGAAAGCUUCAGACUCCCAGGGGGAUGAGCUCCGCCACGGCUACGCUGUGCUGGGUCCCUUGGAAGCUUGUCACAUGUUCGUUUCUGUCUUUGUUCCUCAUUGAUUCAGUUGCCACCACUCAGUCAGGAGUAUCUUGCCAUGAAGCAGAUACACUACGAUGCCAGAGACAUGGCCUGAAUGUCCAGUGUCCACCAGGACAAUACCGUCAGACUGCUUCAACGCCUAACACAACAGGACAAUGUAUGCCCUGCGUUGAUGGAAAAAACUUUACAGAGUACCCCAAUGGACUUCCCGCUUGUAUCGCUUGUCGGGUCUGCAGGCCAGACCAGGAAGAAGCAAUGCGAUGUAACACCACCCGAAAUACCCAGUGUCACUGCAAGUCUGGCACCUUCUGUCCAAAAGACCAUCCCUGCGAGAUCUGCAGGAAGUGCAAAUCCAAGUGCCCCGAAGGGAAGGUAGAAGUCAGCCCUUGCAGCCCCUGGAGUGACUUGAAGUGCGACAACCCUCAGCCAUCAGACACAAGAAAUCCUCGGAUAAGAGCUCCUUUGCUGGCAGUAGUAUUCAUCGUGGUGGUUGUUUUGGGCAGUUUUUUCUGGUGCAUUUGUUGUGCCGUUUCUAAAGCUGAUAACUUAUCUCCCAGGCAUCCUUUGGACUUCAAGGAAUACUUACUAACCUUCCUGGGGAGUAGUUAUCACGCACGGCAUCCCGAGGCCCAGGACAAUGAACAUGUUGAGACGCCAGAUGAUCUUCAGGGAAAAGCAGAUUCCCCUGAGAAUCAAGGAGAUAAACAUCUGGGGCAGCUGAUGGCAGUGAUAACCAUCCCCAACACCUCAGCACAGAACGGGUAUCAUCUGGAGCAGGCAAAAGCGACGGCUCCUCAGGUCAAUCCAAAGUCACUCUUUCCAGCUGAUGGUGACCAUAUCAAGACGUUAGAGAAGUCUUUCUUUAUCUUUGAACAAGAAGUACCCUGGGAAGCCUGGAACCAGUUUAUGAGGCAGCUGGGGCUGACUCACAACGAGAUCCAACAAGCCAGAGCGAGUGAGAGAAAUGUCAUGGACCAUCCACAUAUCUUGCUUAUGACAUGGCUGAAUAAAACUGGAAAGGCUGCUACUGUGGACUUCUUGCUGGAAACCCUGGAUAAGAUACACCAGAAGGCUGCCAGAGAGAUCAUCCUUGACAAACUCAUCAGUAGCAGACUCUAUGACUACCAGAAAAGAGAGGAUGAGAAGCCAAACUAAGAGUCUGACAUAAGGGUGGAGGGAGUCUCAGAUAUUGACACAUACUGCCUUUCCCCGUCUUCCACGAUUACGUUAACUUUGGAAGAGCAGUCAUAGAAUAACCAAGUAUGGAAGAUAAUGCAGAUACCUGACCUCUGAGGAUUUUAUCCUAUGGGUACCCAGUGGCUCUCUUGGGACAAAUAGAGUUGAGAUCUUGAGGAUGUGUGAAUAACCCUUGAAAUCUGUUUUCUCCCUUUGAAAAACCAAGAGAUAGCCAAUCAAGGAUCUGUUUUAGGGUCUCCAGUGUUGAAGAUGGAGAUCAGAUCCCAUUGCUUUGUAUACCUUAGGGCCCACUGGUUCUAAGGUGGUAGUUAGAGGCAUGUGUAGGGGCUAUUUGCCUUAAAAUUUGGGUGUAUAUAUUUGCAUGUAUAUACAUACAUAUGUGUAUGUCUGCUGGUUGUGGGGCAUCAGCUGCAAAAAAAGGAAACAGCUGGAGCCCUGAAAAAUCCCUAAACAACUCCCUGGCCAAAAAGAAGACUCUUCUACCCUGUGCUCUGAAAGAAUCAUUCUCUUGGCCUCCAGUCACUUUGCUUUUAAGUGUUGCCAUACUUGAUGGCGUGUGAGUUUACAUUUUUCUAUUUUUAUAUAUUUGUACGGCCCUGACUAAAGUAUUAUAAAUGAUGAUUUAGGGCUUAAAGUAUAAGUUAUCAGUAGCGUUUUUUACAUUUUUUUUUGCAGGGGGCAGGGCAAUUGAGGUUAAGUGACUUGCCCAAGGUCACACAGCUAGUUAGUGUGUCAAGUGUUUGGGGUCACAUUUGAACUCAGGUCCUCCUGACUCCAGGGCCAGUGCUUUACUCACUGUGCCACCUAGCUGUCCCAGUAGUGUUUUUUAAUUCCAUAAUUUUUUAAAUUAAAAUGUAUUAUUUAACAAAAAACAAACUAAUGAAUGUUUUGAAAGUGGUAUCCAAAAAAAAAAGUGGUAUCAUUUUUUUACUCUCCCUUGCAGUGGGGAAAACAUGAACACUAUGACGGUGGAGGCAAAUUCAAAUCUAGUAUUAUAUGACUUCACUUAGCUUUUUAAUUUGUGAAAAUAGAGACAAUACAUGCCUUUUUUUCACCUGUGCAUGUUGUGAGACAACAUUCAAAAGCACUUUGAAAACUACCCCAAAAAUGCGGUUGGUUUUUUUUGUUUAGUUCCAUAAGUAUUAUUUCACCGUGGUCUGGUGGGGAUAAGCACCAGACCAGGUUCACUGCACAGUAAUUCGGUCUGUGACUUUGAACAAGUCACUUUACUCUGGGUCUGUUUAAGAAAAAAGACUUGGAAAGAUCAGUUUUAACCAGCAUUCACUCAUUUUGAGGAAUAGCUCCACUGAGGUGGCUAGUUUCUGGUUAUAGAUCUCAUCGUGACUGUGUAGAACAAGCAUGUUGUUAGUUGGGAAUUGUUUUUGCCUUCAUUUUGUUUUUCAGAUCUUCAAACCUUACAUUCCUCAGCCCUCGUAAGGGCUUCACUGCAGCUGAUUUUGUCUAAAAACCUGUGCCUGGAAUAUACAUGGCAGGUUCUUGAUGAACAUUCUUGACUAGAUUUUACCUAAUCUGUCUCCCUCGGCCAGAAGUGCUGAGUGAUGAGUAGGAAAGGAAAACCAAAAGGGGGUUUGCCUCCGUCCCCGAAUAACUAAGCUGCUUUGGCAGAGAAAUUUGAAGUCAUGUCCUGCUGCUCAGUCGGGCCCUACUGCCUGGGAUUACAUACAUCCCCAAAGAAACUAAGUUUAGGGGAUCUUUGUGAAAUCUGAUCCUGCCAGAUUUGUGACUGGCUGUGACUACAUUUAAUUCCCUCAUCUACAAAAUGUGAACCUUUUAUAUGUUAGAGAAUACUUUGUUACUAAUGAAGUACAGUUGCAAAUGGAAGGAACAUAUUUUUUUCCUGCAUCUCUGUCUUCUUAGAAUUGGUCCAGGAAACUCAAGGUCUUUCUAGAAGAGCAAAAACAGUCACAGUGGCAUUGUGUAUAAAAUAGUUAUGUAUUUAUGAAUUUAUGAUCAAAUUAAAUAUGAAACCUUGUAUAAAAA